CUUCAACCCAUCCUACCUGUUCGAGUCUUUUGUUCGUCUCUGUGGCGGUUGGAUCGUUGGAUGUGGUUCCUGUAACUACGCAUAUUUUUUGAUCGUGGGGGACUGCGUACGCGUUGCCCCUGUGUUUUUCUUUUACCUUCAUACUACUGGAAAAUAGUGUAUAGACAAAGUUGAAUGCAGUCCGGAGUCAUAUAUUGAACUAAACUAAACUAAACAUCGUAUCUGCUCUUUCGCACUCUUUCGUACUUCGAGGAUCCGUAAACAUGGCACCGGCACCGAAGAAAUCGAAGGGUCCCGCGAAGAAGCAAGUCCUUCGCGGCAAGGGACAAAAGAAGAAGGUGUCCGUGAAAUUCACAAUUGACUGCACUCAUCCUGUGGAGGAUAACAUCAUGGAUGUAGCUAAUUUUGAAAAGUAUUUGCACGAGAGGAUCAAAGUUAACGGUAAGACAGGUAACUUUGGUAACAAUGUUACUUUGGAGCGCAACAAAAUGAAACUUUCCGUCAACAGUGAUGUUGACUUUUCGAAGCGGUACCUCAAAUACUUGACAAAGAAGUACUUGAAAAAGAACAAGUUACGUGAUUGGCUGCGAGUGGUAUCAAAAGACAAAGAUACCUAUGAAUUACGAUACUUCCAGAUCAACAGCCAGGAAGAUGACGAUGAGGAGGAUGCUGAGUAGUUUAUUUUUGUUUACAUUGAGCUUCAGAUGUAUUUGUAAAUAAAUUACUAAUAAACAAAAUCCACCAUUUUCAUA